GGCAAAAACAUAAUAAGCUUCUCAAUGAUCAUUUGGUAAAUGGUGACCCUAGAACCCGGUAUACAUCGCCCAAGAUUCAGAAUGAUCUGAUAGGUAUUUGUGGCCAACUUAUAAGUGGCGAUAUCGUUUCGAGGUGUAACGACGCUGGCGUAUUUGGUUUCAUGGCGGAUGAGGCAACGGACGCUGCCACUAUGGAGCAGAUGGCCCUAUGUGUGCGCUUUGUAGAUUCAGAGAGUGACGAGAUACACGAGGAGUUCCUCGGGUUCUCCCAAUGCGAGUCUACCACUGGAGAGGCAUUAGCUAAUGCAUUCAUUGAAAACCUCACUAAAUUAGGUGUCAAAACGGAUCAAAUGCGUGGCCAGGGGUACGACGGUGCCAGCAAUAUGUCGGGCAUACAUCGUGGAGUGCAGGCGAGGAUUCGAUCACUCAUACCAGAGGCGAUAUACACCCAUUGCAAAGCGCAUUGUUUGAACCUCGCCAUCAUCCAUGCAUCCAAAGAGGUUUAUGCCAGAAACCUUAUGAGUACGGUGCAACAGGUGGCAUUCGCCUUUAAUUAUUCCGCAAAACGCUUACUUCAAUUCCAAGAAACGCUUGCAGGAGAUGAUGUCAGCAGGGAAGGCAUGGCGGAGCGAACGCGACUCCGAUCACUUUGUGAGACUCGCUGGUCAGCACGUGCGGACGCUUUGCACACAUUCCUUGUAUCAUACAGGACCGUGGUAACGACACUCGACCGACUUGCCGAUGAAGGGGAUACGAAGGCUGCGGCGGAGAGAAAUGACGAUGAAGUCUGGAACAGCCUGUUUCAGAAAGCGGUGGACAUUGCUGGUGACGUUGAAGUCAUACCCGCCGCUCCCAGACGUUAUGGUCGUCAACAAAAUCUACCGAACGCCCCAGGC